AUGGGUGAAGCUUCCCGCAAAUCCUCAGACUCCACCUCCUCCAUGGAGGAUGUGUCGGACAGGUUCAGGUUCUUCAAAGUGCUCCUUCCACCACCUGACAAUAUCCCCAGUUUGGGUCAGCAGUUCUCCUCCCCGGCUGCACACAGCCUGAGGCAAAUCCUGCUUCCCUUUCCUGAAUUUCCGAACAGUUUACCAGAACUUGAGGCCAACCGAAAGUCCUUCUCCAUGGCCUCCCCAAAGACCUCCCACACCCGGGUUUUUUGCUUCAGACUGAGCCGGGUGGCAGGCAAAGGUGGGAGCCUGGGUGUGCUGAUCCUCAGCAAAGCAGACAGAUUGAAGGAGGAACGUGCGCUUGCUAUAACAUCUCUGAACAAGUGCGAUGUGGAGGUUUACGCACCGGGGACAGGCUCUAAGACUAAAGGUGUGAUCUAUGGGGUGCCUACUGAGCUAUCAGAUGAAGAUAUCUUGGGUAAAGCGAAAGGAGCAGAGGUCUCCGAAGUAAAGCGCUUCCAAAUAACGAAAGAUAACAUGAGAGUGGCCAGCCAAACAGUCUUAUUAACAUUUGAGUCAGAAUCUAUCCCCAGGCGGAUUGAAAUUGGGUACUUGAGCUUUCAAGUUAAGCCCUACAUUAGACCCCCGCUGCGAUGCUUUAAUUGUCACACAUAUGGACAUGUGGCGGCUGUAUGUAGAAAGAAAAGAAAGUGUGGUAAGUGCGGGGGAGACCAUAACUAUGAGGAUUGUGCGUCAGCUUUAUGCUGCCCGAACUGUGGAGAAGCGCAUAGUGCAGGCUUUAAAGGGUGCCGCUUCUAUGCGAACGCCGUAGAAGUGCAAAAAAUUAGAACUUAUGAACGCGUGUCAUAUGCUGAAGCUGUGAAAAGAGUGGGUCAUGCUAACCGCCCCUCUCAACAACCUGCUAGAAUCUUCACUCCUCCGAGCGAUAGCCUUAUCAUUAAGAAAACUGAUUUCCUGGCUUUUAUCACUGACGUGCUUACUGGGCUUAAGUUUUCUAAGGUGGUUAAAAAGUCAGAUGUGAUCCGGAUUGUUUCAUUGUCAGCAGCGAAAUAUCUGCAGAUAUUGAACGGGCGUACGAUAUGCUGUGGAGAGAAGGCCUCCUUGUCAAACUGCUCAAGUAUGGUGUCAAUGGAAGGCUGUUUAGCUGGAUUAAGAAUUUCUUGGAAGAUCGAACUAUCCAGGUAAGGGUUGGGGAUGUUAUGUCAGCUACUGUGUUGGUGGAA